CCCGCGUGCGUCAGGAUGCGUCGGGCCGGAGGGCAGGCCGCGGGGGGAGGCGGCGAACUGUCGUCCGCCGGCUCUGCAAGGACGGACAGACUGCCGACAGCCCGCAGCUGGAGCGGAGCGCCUGACAGAGCCUCGGCCGCCCUUCUCAGCGUCUGGACUCUGCCUCCUCCCCCAGGUGCCUGGCCCAAGUCGCUGUGGCUGGAUUUCCUCAGGAAGGCGACCCCAGAAGCGUCUCAGCUGAGCAACAGGACGUUUGGAAGCGCCCCGGCCCCUACUGUCAGCAAGCUCGAGGACCGUAGCGAUUUCAAUGACGAAAUUAUAAAUGAGCCCCUCAAGCACUCCGACUUCUUCAAUGUCAAGGAAUUGUUUUCUGUUACAAGCCUUUUUAAUGCCCGCGUGCACCUGGGACACAAAGCCGGCUGUCGCCACAGGUUCAUGGAGCCAUACAUCUUUGGGAACCGCCUGGGCCAGGACAUCAUUGAUCUGGAGCAGACAGCCGCACACCUCCAGCUGGCCUUGAAUUUCAUGGCGCACGUGGCCUAUCGCAAAGGGAUCAUCUUGUUUGUGAGCCGGAACCGGCAGUUCACCCACCUGAUUGAGAACACGGCCCGCGACUGCGGCGAGUACGCCCACACGCGCUACUUCAAGGGCGGCCUGUUUACCAAUGCCUCCUUGCUUUUUGGCCCCGGAGUCCGCCUGCCAGACCUCAUCAUCUUCCUUCACACACUCAACAACAUCUUUGAGCCUCACGUGGCCGUGAGAGAUGCAGCCAAGAUGAACAUCCCCACUGUGGGCGUCGUGGACACCAACUGCAACCCCUGCCUCAUCACGUACCCCAUCCCCGGCAACGACGACUCGCCCCCGUCCGUCCACCUCUUCUGCAGCCUCUUCCAGACGACAAUCACCCGAGCCAAGGAGAAGAGGAGGCGGGUUGAGACCCUGUAUCGACUGCAGGGCCUCCAGGCAGCCAAGAGGUGAGGACCCGUGGACCCUUCCUCCCCAAGAACACCGACUGGAGCGUCAUUCCCGUGAUGCCGCCACUCUCCGCCUCCAAAUACAGCAGACAAGCCGGUUCCUCAGCUGGGAGUCACCUCCCCACCCAUGUUCCCAGUGCCUCUAGGCAUUUGGGCCACCGUUACUGUACUGAUUGCUCCCCUGUGUUCCCAGAGUGCAUCCGUCCAGGCUCCACCUCAGACCCAGGGCCAUGUUUUCUCUGCAGACAGACUAAGUGGCUUGUGCAAAAUGGUGGUGCCGAGCCAGAUUUGGGAUUUGAAGACUGCUCCCUGGAUGGCUGGGCGGCGGGAGGCUCAGUGUAUGCCACCCUGGUACUGCACUCAGUGUCGGGAGGCUCAGCGUAUGCCACCCUGGUACUGCACUCAGUGUCGGGAGGCUCAGUGUAUGCCACCCUGGUACUGCACUCAGUGUCGGGAGGCUCAGCGUAUGCCACUCUGGUACCACACUCAGCAUCCCUUCCCUGGGAGAUCAGGAAGGCCCUCACUUCUACCUUGCCAUGACUCCUUUGUCUGGCAGGAAGGUUCUUAGACCAGCUGGAUUUUUAUUCUGAAGUCUCCUCACGUUGGACUCCUUUCCUGGCUACCUGGUUCAGCAGAUGUUUUGUGAUGUGCCACUGCAGGGUGAGCCGCUAAGAAGCUCACUCUGGGCUGGAACAGAAAUAAAACUGACAUUUGGACGCA